AUGCUCGAACCGCUGGCUCUGAUUGACUGGAGUGAUCCCGGCGAGAUUGAACGAGAUGCGGGUAUCUACGAGAAGGUCAUGGCAUUUUUCAUGGGGAUCUAUGGAUACGAUUUUCUGCAAACCUUAUGGUUUGAAUGGUGGAUCAUAACAGGGAAAGUUCACUUCAAAUGGCCCUAUAUUCCGUACUUCUUAGGUCGUUAUUCCGUUAUUGCCAUGUUCGCGGUCCUGAACAAGCUGGACUACCACUCAAUUAUGGCUGAGUGCGAUGUGGAGUAUAAAUUUAUAGCAGUGACCUUUAUGCUCGGAACUGGCUGCGCUUCGUUAAAUCUUGCCAUACGGACGGCUCUCAUAUGGAAGUACAAGGGGUAUGCAGUGACGACUCUCAUUGCAAUAGCGGCCGUUCAUUGGUACUGUGUUAUCAAUGCUGCUGUGAAAUUUAUUCGGACGGACUAUGAUAGCUUCUUCGGCGCUUGCCUCAUCGUCCAAACACAUCAGGACGCACUCACCGCCUUAUAUAUCGCCACCUUGAUAUUCGAUAUGCUCAUUCUGAUUGCCAGUAUCGUUGGGCUAUUGAGGGGGAGCUCCGACAUGCGCGGUUGGCAUAUGCACGAUAUAAGAAGAGUUUUAUUUCGGCAAGGCAUCGAGUACUUCCUCCUUACCUCUCUUGUCAACACGUCAUCUGUGGUUUUCGCGAGGUUGAAUUACAAUACUAUCAUGGACAUCAUUUUGAGCGUACCAGCCUUAGUGAUCAGCAUGAUCGCUUCCUGCCACUGCGUCACAUCACUUAUACUCACAUAUCAAGAGCUCGAGAAACAAGAAGAAGGACACGAGGUUCGGGUAAUCGUGGACUCUGAGGAGCCUCCACUUACCAGUCGUAUCGACAUCCCGCCGUAA